GCAUAGGUUGCUUGGUUGGCAUGUUCCCGCUGCUCUUCAUGGACCACAGCGAGGUGAGGAAGAGAGAGAAGGCCUUGGAUGAGAUGUUUGACGUCGUGGUGGACAGCGUGACACAACUUUUAGACUGUGAGGCUGCUUUGCUGUUCCUGGUUGACUAUGAGAAGGGGCAUUUGUACCUCCGCUCGUCCUCGGACCACACGAUCAAGGGAAACCUUCGCCUGGGCGAAGGCGUUGCCGGCCGGGUGGCUGCUACAGGUCACUUCAUGAACGUCGACGACCUAAGGAAGACCGAGCUGUACAAUCCUGCCCGGCAUGAAAAUUACUUUGGAACCGGAGUGUUCGUGCGAUCCGUGCUCUGCAUGCCCGUGAUUGGCGUCGACCCGGCGGAUCAGGCGACCAAGGUCCUCGGUGUGCUCCAGGUCAUCAAUAAGCGUGGCAACGAGGGCCACUUCCUCGACAAAGAUGAGGAUGUGUGCGCAGCCCUGUGCUCACAGAUCUCCACCAGCCUGUCAACGGCGUACGGCCUGUCCUCGAGCUUUCGACACGCCUUGGAGAGAUAUGAGCGUGCCUUGAACAUGCCUGGCGUGCGCCUCAACCCGGCGCAGGAGAAUAGGCUGCAAAAGAUUUACGAGGAGGUGAUGCGCGACUGUACAGAGGUUCUUCGGGCCUCGGCUACCAUCCUCGUGGUGCAGGAUCCAGGUCACAAGGACGACCUUAUCCUCAAGGUCA